UUCCAGCGCUAUGAACAGUCUAUUUCUCUCUUCACUAAAAAAAUCUAUAAUUCCCAAUUUCCCACACACAAUUGCUACAUCUUGAUUCUCGAAGGUUUUCAAAAAUCUCAAAAAACUCAAGAUUUUGGGCUAGAAUAUUGGGAUUGGAGUUGAGGAAAAAGGGUCUAGAGGAAGAGAAUGACCACCUGGUGAAAGAGAAGCAGAUUGAAACACACUACUAUCGCCAUCUCGUUCGCCUCUCCCGGCCAACACCAUCCAGGCUCCUGCCAAGCAUUUUCGAUUUUUGUAUUACAGAGAUAAUUCACGGUCAGCUAUGUCUUAUAUGAGAGGGGAUUUACUAUCUAAAACCCGAAAACUAGUCAAAGGGUUAGCCAAAUCCGAGCCUGUCUGGCUUAAAGCCAUGGAAAAGGCGCCACCAGCUACAUUUCCUCGUGCGGAGAAUAAGCUUAAGCCCAUAAGCUUGCCGGAGGAUGUUUACAUCAGUAAAUUCUUUCAGAAGCACCCGGAUUCAAAGCAUGAAGAUCCUAUCAAGAUUAGUGGUUUUGACCCGCCUCCGGCCCGUGUAUUUGGCUGGCGAGUCCUAGAGUUGAAGGAGCAAGGCGUCAGUGAGGAGGAAGCUAUGGCUGUGGCUGAUAUGGAAUAUCGUGCUGAAAGAAAAGCCAAAAAGAAAGCAUAUGCUCGUCUGAAGCAAAUUGCAAAGCUUCAGGGGAAGAAACCCCCGCCAAAUCCAUAUCCUAGUGCUAUCAAGGAGAUACAGGCUGAGGAGAGAAAGUUUGUCCACGACCGGUUCCAUGAUCCCAGCAUACUUGAAAUUGUUCAGAAACUGAAAGAGGAGAGGGCUGCAUUUUUGCAGGACAGAAGCGGUUCUGGUCGCUUUUGAAAUGGUAAUGCUGCUUCAGGACUAACGUAAUUGUUAGUAGUUCGAAGCUGAUUUCUAUUGUGCUCCUUAUCAAUAGGCUGUGGAUAUACCUCACUUAGUUGGGGAUAAUUUUUCCAUAGUACGCAAUAAAAUUUAAUUAACUUCUACCGUGACAGAUAUUUGGAUGAAUGUUGUUAUGCUUUUCAUUUUUAUAUAUUUUAUAUACUGUUGUUAUGCCA